AUGGCUCCGGAGUAUCCGAUAAAUAGCAAUGACCUGACCGAGGAUCAGAUCCUUGACGUGAAAGCAUCCUGGCUGGACCCUGAUACAGAUAUCGAGGGAGGAGAACACAACAUGGCGGGGGUCUUUGAGAGACUAUCACGAUUGUCCUUAUUCUCGGUUUCAGAUUACACCCUUGAUCUGUCCACCGAUUUUGAUGAUGAUUUCGACGAAUUCAACGGUGCUGGGGAGGUAGCGGACAUGUCGGUGAAAGACUUGAUUGUAAAGUACCAUUGGAUUGGCGAUGUUGGAAUUGUCGAGAACCUAUUUGAAAUUCCUUCGGAUCUGGAUACGGCGGCACAAAAAAUCCUCGUAGAGGAUAGGAAACGGAUGGCUGAGAUCAUCCACAACGCACAUACACCUCUUUCUACGUCCAAGAUUAGUCAAACCGCCUCUACCAGGUCUCAAGAGUUACUCCAGCUGCAUGCACGGCUGAGUUAUGUGAUUACAACGUACCAUUGGGUGGGCGAUGUGGGAAUCCUGCAAAGAUUAUUUGAUGAGGGUGUUGUGGAAGGUGGAGAAAAGGUCUUGGUGGCAGAUCGGCGAAGAAUGUUGGGGCUGCUGGAGGUGUAUCAUCCCAUUUUGACGGUGACCCAUCUUGCUGAAGAGGAAGUCAACGAUGAUGAUACUCUUGAUUAUCUCAUUGAGGAGGAACGCACGAAGCAUGGUGUGGAUACUCAACAACUCGUCCAUCUGAACCUUCUCAUCACUGACAUUAUCGCAUCAUAUCAUUGGAUCGGGGACAUCACGGUUUUGAGUAAAAUCUUUACCCUUGGAAAGGAAGAGGAUGGACUGUUGGGUGACCGGUUAAGAAUGCUGGAUGUCCUAAGACCUUCUCAUCCAUACAUAAACAUCAACUCUGAUCUCUACGAUCCGGACACCCUCUUAACCAAUAUGAUCAUCAAACAUCACUGGGUGGGUGAAACAAAGGUUGCAGAGAAACUGUUUGACCUGUCAGUUGCGUAUGCGUGGGACGCAAAUGCAGAAAGCUAUUCCUUGGUCCACGACCGAGAAAGGAUGUUACAGGUUUUGAAAUCAUACCAUCCGUUAUUGGAGCUUGAAAACCCGUAUGAAGCUUUACGGGACGCUAAUGCACGGUUAGUCGAAUUGGUCGAAAAGUAUCAUUGGAUCGGCGAUACUACGGUACUCCAUCAGAUCUUCGACUUUCGCCACAAUCAAGACACCGAGCAUAUCCUUCUCUCCGAUCGUAAAAGAAUGCUGGAAGCCCUCACGGCGGUUCACCCUCUUGUUGCUGUCAAUUCUCACUUGUACGAUGUCGACGUCCUCCUUGUUAAAGUGAUCGGUAUGUAUCAUUGGAUCGGGGACGUUGAACUUGUGGAGCAAUUAUUCGAUUUAGAGUUUGUCGAGGACAGCGAAGGGGCGGAUGUGGAGGUGGUUUUGGCGGAUAGGAGGAGGAUGGUGAGGAUUUUGUUAGCCUACCAUGACGGACUGAAAUCCGCUACCUCGACCGAUGCGAUGAAUAUAGACUAUGAGACGCUUCCAAGUGUGUCAAAUGACGAACAGCAGGUGAUUGAUGAUCACCUCCGACUCUCCUACCAUUAUGAAGAGGCAUUCCGGGCACAGCAGGUUAUCGAUGACCAUCUGCAACUGUCGUACGAUUAUGAAAAGGUGUUCCGAGCACAGCAAGUGGUUGAUGAACAUCUCCAACUGUCGUAUGAUUAUGAAAAGGCUUUCCGGGAACAGGAGACACAACAACAGCCAAGUGACCAGCAAGUGGUUGAUGAACACCUCCGACUUUCGUACGAAUAUGAAGCCACGUUCCGGGCACAAGAGGUGGUUGAUGAUCAUCUCAAGCUCUCCUACGAUUAUGAAACAGCUUUUCGAGCACAAGAGGUGGUUGAUGAUCACCUCCAACUGUCAUACGAUUAUGAAAAGGCAUUCCGGGCACAACAGGUCGUUGAUGAUCACCUUGCCCUUUCAUAUGAAUACGAAGCUGCUGCUCGAGUCCAGGAGGCAAAAGAGGAAGGCCAGAAGGAUGUUGACGACCAUUUACGCCUCUCAUAUGAAUACGAGAAGGCGUUCCGGAAGCAAACUCAAGACGGUACAAUUUAUUCACGAGACCUAGCGAGGAGUGUCGCUGAUACGCGACAGUCUUUAUUCGAUGAUAAGCAUGUACAGGAGACAUUGCGAGAUUCAACCGAUCAAAACACAAUCGACGAACAUCUGAAACUUUCGUAUGUGUAUGAGAAAUCCUUUCUUGCAGCACUCGCCAAAACCGAAGGGACCUCUCGCAGUAUCCGGGUUUCUGAAAAGAUUGCCUCGACGACGGAAGGGACACAUGAUCUAAAGUUUUUGGAGCACCUUGUUCAGCGAGUUGAGGGUGCAGCGGAUCUGCUAGACAGUCAAGAGUCCCGCCAGACGUUGGUGAAUAAACUGAAAGGGUUGGUCGAGAGAUUGGAGAGUGUCGGUGUUCAACCACGGGCUGCGGAAGAGAGGCGGACGGGUGAUUCACAAGAGGUGGUCGACAAUCAUUUGGCGAUGAGCUACCGGUUAGAAGCCGAGUGGUGGAAAAAGAUGGCCUCUGCUCAGCCUAUGGCAGAGCAGAGGACAAUCAGCGUCAGAGUCAUUCCCCAGACAACAGACGAUCGAAGUAGAUCAUAUUGGGAAUCGUACGCAACAAGCAUCAAGAGCAACGUACCUGACGACAAAGAGGCAUUGGUAGAGGAUGUACACACCGACCCAGAACAGUGGGCAGCGGAACUUGACCGGCUCAAAACUCUGGCCAGACAUUUACGCUCGACCCCUUCUUCAGAACGAGUGAGGCUAUUAAAUACAUAUCUAGAAGGACAGGUUGGUGAAGCAUCGGUUGAUGUUUUACGAGGGGAGAUCAAAGACGCUGUCAAGAGGAUGGGGGAUGUGGAUGCUGACUGGUUGGACGGUUUAAUAAGCACUUGGGAAGAAGGUGUAAGGGAAUUUGAAGAGGAAGAGACCAUUCCCGACACAGGCUUCUCCUCCCCUGUCACUGAGCGCGAAAGACUCCCAACACCGUCGAUUGAUUUUGAAACCCUCCAAACCCGAAUCCAAACACUGGAAGCCACCCUUUCCAAAACACAAUCUGCCCUUUCCCAAAUUACCAUCGACCACCAACUGCUACUAUCCUACUCCAACGAUCUGACAGCCGCCGUCUUACCCCUCCGCCCAUCAUCACCCGAAAGCAACCACAGCCAUCAAACCCAACUCCAACACUUCACCCACAACCUCACCCACCUGCUCUCGCUAGCGCACAGAUACACAUCCCUCCAACAAACACUUCAUGACACCGAAGCACGUCUGCGCGCUCGCGACACAUACCUCCGCACCACAGUCUUGGAUUCCGCACGCCAGGUUCAGUCAUUAGAACAAAGGGUCUCGGAUCUUACCUCAGAGAAUGAAGACCUAAAACAGGACUUGAAGCUCGAACAGCGGGGCAAAAGGUCAUUGGAAAGGGAACUCUUGCAAAUGGAUGAAGGAUUGAGAGACUGCGGGUGUGGCUUCCGACGAUCAGGACGAACCAGUCGAACUGGCAGUUUUGCCAGCGUGUCAAGUACUAAAGACGAUGGGCACGAUGGAGUCGAACCGCGUCGUCGACCUAGCCGUACAGGAAGCUUUACCAGCUUAUUGCACUCAAAACUCGAUGACCUUCAAGAUUCCGAUGUCAUUAUCCAUGAUGUACCAGACGACGCCAUAGAGACAAGAUCCAACAUUGAUUCACUCAAAGCAGAAACAUUUGCACUCAAGUACGCCCUGAAUCAGCUCAAGACGCAAAAUCAAUCGUUAUCAUCCCGACUCGAAUCACUAGAACAGGACCGGGAACGGAGGGUGAAGGAGGAAAUGCGAUUUGUUGGCGAAGAACGUAGCAAAGAUGAGAAAAAGCUGGCAACAAAGCAAUCUCCGAUAUCACCCGUUGGAAAGUCACCCAAAGUUCGAAUGUCAUUUCCGCAAACACGGAACCCAUUCCAUAUAGACCAGGAAUAA